CCUAGGUUGUUGUUGUUGUUGUAACGAGCACCAAACAUGGAGGGUGCUGGUUAGCACGAGACUGCUCUCAUCAAAUCCGUCUCUUGCAUAGCCGAAGAUUUUUAUAUAACUUAUUUGAAAUAUUUGUACAGUUCUGCAUGAAAAUGGUGCGGACGUUACUCUGCCAGCCGCUUUGUGAUCCAAAAGUGUUCUCAGAUAACUAUGAACCGACUUGCUGCUGUUGUACUCCAAAUGGACUCAUACUUAUCGGAUCAGGUUCUGGGAGCAUCCAUGUCUAUUCUGCAUCAGGAAGAUCAACUUGCCGCAUAGUUCACAGCUUUCCAACUGCUGGGAUCUCUAAAAAGUUGGUUUACUGCUCCUUCCGUGGAUAUAUAGUCUCUGUGGAAACCAAGUCCCUAGAAUCUCGCUCUGGUACAAACAGUAGGGCACACAAUGCCAGAGUUUAUGUUAACUGGACUAAUCUGCCUGGAGAGUCAUCAUAUCUAACUCAUCAUCGUGCAGGGUAUUCUAAAGAAACCUCAAGCAUUCAUAAUUAUGCUGGAAAAUAUUUGGUCAUUGACAUCCCUAUUAAAUACUCAGUGACUGACAUUUCAUGCUGUGAAGAAACUGGAAAUCUAGCUGUUUCAACAGAAGCAAAAUGUUAUCUGUUCAUCUGUAAAGCCAUUCAUUUUGGAAACACAUCUGAAAACAAUUCCAUUGUUGAUUUUGAUUGUGCACUUGAAAUUGAUUCUGGUUUUCAAAUCAACCAAGUUUCCCUGUUCAGAUAUUAUAUAGCACUUGUCUCAUCACAUGAAAUUAGGGUUAUUAAUGUUAUUAUGGAUAAAGAUGACACAAUAUCCCAAGCUGAAGAUGUUACAAAAAAUAUCCAUGAGCAACAAACAAGUGGGGAGGCAUCAUCAAAUGAAGCUUCAAAUUGCUUAAUAUGCAAGGCAAAAGCAGAUGAAGAUUUUAUUCUAUGGAAUAUUGAUCAAGGUUCUUCACAAGGCCUUGACAGUCUGGAGCACGAAACUCUUGUGAUACAGAGGGGGAAAAGUCCUUCAACAACACAGAAUACCCCAACAUAUGUUGUUGAACAGAGCUGCGUGAAGAUGAAUACCAUCCGUCAAGAUGCUACCUUCAUUGAUUCAGAAAAUACAGCCAAAGAAGUCAUUGGACCAAAAGAAAAUAUAAAAGGCCAUCCCCUUUUGGUUAUAAAUGUUUUCAGUGACAGUUGUUACACUGAUAUUCGUCAUGUUACAAUGUUAUAUAGAAGGUUUUAUAACGAGCAAUUUGAUCAGACAGAAAGUUUUUUUAUUCACAGCUUGCAGCUGCUGCCAGUUUAUGCAGAUUUUCCCGCAAAUUUAAACGCGAAUUCCAACACCCCUGAUAUUAUCUUGGAAUCUCAAAUGGAAUCGACAGCUCAUGGCACCCUUCUUUCGUUGGGAUUAUUUUUCUCAAACGGACGGAAGGGGUUCUUGUACGACAUGCUGAAUUUUCCAAGACUGCUUACGGAGUACGAUUUUACUGAAGAAUGCAUUUCUGCAUGUCUUGCACGCAAAAUGCUGCAUGUUGUCACAAGAAAUGGCUUGGAAACCUACACGACACGACUCUAUUCAUCUGCAGCGCAAAAUGCAAAAAGUUUUUUUCCUGACAGCACUUUUAUGCCAUAUGAGGCCCAAGGUCGCGAGCGAGCAUACUCAUCCGUUAGUUUCUCCUCUGGAAGUGAACUGGACAGCAAGGGCCACGUUAGUGACGUAUUGGCAUAUUUUAGUGAAGAAGAGCAUGGCGAGUCUCAAGACGGAAUCACACCUAAGGAGGGACAUUUCACCAAAGAACCUCUCGAGCGACGUGCAUCGUCAAGUCAGUCAAAAUCUAGAAUGCCUUUCAGGCGCCGAAAGAAGGAAGUGCAAGAAAGAUACAAGAACAGAAGCCCUGCUAGCGACGAAGAAAGUUCUAAACGAGAGAGACUUCUUAGUUUGAGUCUCUUGCACAACACGGCAGAACCAGUUGUUUACAACUGGUUGGAUUUGAUACAGCCAUGCCCUCCUACAAGCAUUGAAAUUUGCCUCAUUGCAAUUUACCCACUCAGAGGAUUCACAUUCAUUGGGUCGACCGAAAAGCACAUUGUUUUGUUGCAGAAGACCUUCGAGUUUAAGGAUAAACCUAGCUCCCUUAUGAAAGAGCGAACAAUGCCUUGGAAUGUAUAUGUACGUGAAAUAACCCCUGCACUAGACGUUGCCAUAGAAAUCAUGAAGUUGAUCGAGGGCUCCGAAUUUGCAAACCCGAAUGUAUUCCAUCAGCUGAUCUCUGAGUCGCAUCUAUUUCUAAAAGCGGAUCUCUCAUUCAGUACUGCAGAGGAUAAAAAGGAGGCAUUACGUCUAGCUAUCAAAAGAUCUGCUGUCAAACUUGGUGACUUUUUCUCCAGGUGUGGCUCCAGCUUUGAGUACUUAAUGGCAAAAGAGUACUACAAUAUGGCAGCUAUUAAACUGGAGCAAGUGCUUCUGAGACACUCUCUAAGAGACAAAGAAGAAGACCUGAGCAGUCGCUAUGGUAUUGGCAUGAUUCAAUAUUUGAAUGAAAAGGUUCUUUCAGAAGAAGAAGAGGGAGAAUCUGAAUUGUUGGAGGAAUCAGCCCUUCACAUUCUGAAUAUUUAUGCAACCGCUGCUCCUCAAUUAUUGUCAGAUAUCAUCCUCAGACCCAAGUUAAGAAACGUCCCGGCUGACAAAGCUGUAUCGCUGUUGGAAAGUUUUAUCUCUCCCGGAGACCGCAGUUCAAAAUACAAACUUUCAGAUUUGGAUUUCAUUGUGGUAGCAAUCCUGCGCUUGCAAGUGGGUGAUCUUACACAGGCUGAGCAUGUUCUCCGGAAAUUAAGCAAUAAACAACUGAUUCAAGCUGUUUCAAAGUACCCAGACAAACUAUGGAAUGGAGAAAAGCUAUCACAUCUUGGCCAACUGCUUCGAAAGCAUUUCUCAAGAGCUUUUACAGAUUUGCUGGUGUUCUUGUAUGACAGUGGCAUUAUCACGCUCAGCAAAGCCCUCAGUGCACAUGAGCUGGGUGAAGGUAGUUUGGGAGCUGUUAGGCAAAAUUUCAAGGGACUGGACCUGCUUGAAACACUUCUUAAUGAUGAGAAAAGAAAAGACGACUUUCCAGAAAUCAUGUAUCAUCUUCUACAGCAGUAUUUUCUAUGGUUCGAAGCCAGCACACAACCAGAACUGCUAAAAAUUCCGCAUUAUCACGUUCCUAAAGGCAGUGGUCAUUUUGCUCCGAGGUAUGAUUGGCUCGAUAAGCUGCCACCCUUCUCAGGAGACUUUCCCGUUCCCCAAGACUGCCUGCGACGUAAACAACAGCAAAAACUGUCUACACGAUCUUCACCCGAGGAAUCUCCUUUAAUCAGCAAAAAAUCCACAGAAACGUCUUUUCAAAUUUGCACUUGCUGCUGUUGUAAUAGCGUUCUUUUAAAAAUUCAGUCACUUUCAUGCUCAUCAUAUUGCACGCCGAAAACUUACAAAUUGUUGCAGAAAUUUGUGGAGAAAGAUAAUUUCCUUGGCGACGAUUCACUCAGGCUACUCUGCUAUCCUUUUACUGGAAAAACUUUAGAAGCAGUCGAGUUUGUGGUCCAGACCUACCCCGAUAUUAUGCUACAAUACGGAAAGGACAUCUUCCAAUCGAGGAAAGACCAGUGGAAAGUUUUUCUAUCUUACCUACUCAAAGUACUCAAGAAUGAACUUCAUGAAAGGUGGAACAAGGAGACAUACCUUGACGCAUUGAAGGGAACUUUAACGAAACUGGCGAGACUUUGCACGCCUUCAGAACUGGUCAACCUUCUUCCAAAGGAUGGCACAGCAAAGUUCUUUUUGCCAUUUGUCGUAGACUCAUACCAAAUUCACCGUGCAGUGACUAUGAGGAAUGAAAUCCUUCAAACUAACAUGGCAGUUAACACUUGAAUAUUUCACGAGCGCCAUUGUUUUGCGUUUUUUACAGUUCUUGCUCUUCCCAGGUGAAUGAACAAAUGUUUUUGCGAACGAUUAGACAAUUUCUAAGAAUGAUACAAAUAGAAAAUUUGCAGUAUAAGCUAACUAUAUUUUGUAUAUAAAUUGAAUGUUCAGAUAACUUUCUCGGUUUAUAUCAAAAUUAGUUUUCAGUCAAUUUAGGGACAGAAGUUGUUGUGAAAUAACGAAUCCUUUGUUCACUGACUUUCAGUUUUGAAUACAAUUCCAGAUUUCGAUUUUUUUUUCAACUUAAAGCAGCGAGAUCCUGUAACGGUUUUUACACCAAAGAGGAACAUUCUAGUUGUAAUAGAAAAAAAUUAAAAUAAGAACAGUUUCCUGAUGAAUUUAAAGGUUUUGAACGAUGUUUGCAAGAGAUAUUGGUAAUUAACCUCGACUGUCUUAUCAGGAGAAGCUGUUAAUAAUUAUUUAUUAAAAUGUUGUACAAUAAAAGUAAGAUUUUGGAAUAGUUGAUGCAUUCGUCGAAUUAAUGAAUUGAUUU